AUAGCCACCAAUACAGGAGGGAAGAAGAAGUAAACGGUGAACUUGAUUUGCUGAGGCUGAAGAGGAAGUGAUUGUUUCUUUUGUAUUUACACGUGUAAACAAUCAUAUUUUUUGCCUAUAUUUGUCUGCUGCAUUAUUGAAACAGUGUAAAGAGAGAUAUCACGUUUAGUGUAAAUGCAAACGGAGCCCUCUCACGUAAUUCGGGAGGGAAAUGUCGUCAAGAUUAUUCGUUAACCUGAUCUUUCAAGUGACGGGGAAGGUAACAUGGGGAACCUCAGGACGACCUCCACUUUUUACUGUGCCACCCGUUAGCUUGGCACAUGUUCAGACCGCCGGUAAGAAAGAUUACAUUGAUCUCCCUGUCCUAAAUGAAGACGAGCUGGACGAGCAGUUUGUAAGAGGGUCUGGACCUGGUGGUCAGGCGACCAACAAAACCAGCAACUGUGUGGUGCUCAGGCACAUCCCAACUGGCAUUGUCGUUAAGUGCCAUCAAACCAGAUCGGUGGAAACAAACCGCAAAAGAGCUCGGCAGAUAAUGAGGGAGAAGCUUGAGGUCACCUACAAGGGAGAAGAGAGUGACAUUCUGAAGAAUAAGAAGGAGUCUAUACAGAGGAAACAAGACAAGAGGAAAUCGGCAAACGAGAAUUUGGAGAGGAAGAGACUUUUCAAAGAGGCACUGAUGACAGACUUCAAACCAGGGGAUGACAGGGGAUGAAAAGUAUGCAUGAACAAACAUUUAGUCUGAUCAACAAAUAUGUCCUACCUCAUCAUGAUCUGCAUUGUAAAUAAAGAGCACCUAUUGAAAUCAAUUAUAUUGUCAUCAAACUGUCUAAAAUACAGGAAUGAUGUCAGUAUUUUCUGUAAUUGUAAUGAAAUUCAGUUUUAUUACACUGGGUAAUAAAUACAAAGAAGCAAACAAUGGCUUUAUUACAAUGGUUAAUUCAUAAUGUGGUGUGUUUAUCAGUGUGUUUGGCACUGUCCCUUUUGUUGUCACUCAUGCUUAAAUAUGUUAAAAGAUACAAGCUACUACUCCUCCAUUGUCAAAAUGCCCUUUAUACACUCUUACACUCUAAAAUCCAUAUGAGUUUCACUAAAUGAUAGGGGCUUUGCUACAUACAAUGCAUUUUUAGGCAAUGGGAACACAUAAAACCAGGAAAUUCCUGUCAAGUACAGCUCAUGGGUAACUUUUUUGUUGAAGCCCAAGGUGCCACCUCAGUUUUAAAAAACAAUGACGUUUUACUCAAUACUUUUAUUGGAAAUAAAUAAAAUCAAAGGCCUUUGU